AUGGAAAGAGAAUUUAUGUAUUCAGAUGCAGAAGAGAGCUUUGAAUAUAGUGAUGCAUGGAUUGUGGUGGACAGAACAAGCCAAGUAAAUGAGAGGGAAAUCUGUGACGUUUUCCAAGGUGAUAAUUCUCAAGAAAUCCCACCCUCUCGAAAAAUAAAGAAAGGAGACAAGUGCCCAGAAAGUGUGGAAGGAUUUUCUGAAACAAGAGAUCCGACUUUGCAUUGGAGCACCCAUAAUAAAAGGGGAACAUUAAAAUACCCAGAGUGUGGAAAAACCUUUGGACAGAAACAUACUCUAACUUCCCAUCAAACAAUUCACACAGGGGAGAAACCUUAUAAAUGCAGUGGAAUACUUACUGUCCACCGAAGAAGUCAUACAGGGGAGAAGCCAUUUAAGUGUCUAGAAUGUGGGCAAUGCUUUAAAAGGAAGUGUGCUUUAACUACCCAUGUAAGAAUCCACACAAGGGAGAAAGCUUAUAAAUGCCUGGAGUGUGGAAAAGGCUUCACUCAGAGUGGAAACUUUACUGCCCACCGGAGAACUCACAUAGGGGAGAAACCUUAUAAAUGCCUGGAGUGUGGGAAAUGCUUCAGUUCGAGUGGACACCUUACUGAUCACCAAAGAAUUCACACAGGGGAGAAACCUUACAAAUGCCUGGAGCGUGGAAAAGGCUUUAAAUCUAAGGGUGAUCUAACUACCCAUGUAAGAAUCCACACAAGGGAGAAACCAUACAAAUGCUUGGAGUGUGGAAAAGGCUUCACUCAGAAUGGAAACCUUUCUGACCACCGAAGAAUUCACACAGGGGAGAAACCUUAUAAAUGCCUGCAGUGUGGAAAAAGCUUCAGACGUAGUGGACAUCUUAUCACCCACCAAAGAAUUCAUACAGGGGAGAAACCUUAUAAAUGCCUGCAGUGUGGAAAAAGCUUCAGUUCGAGUGGACACCUUACUGAUCACCAAAGAAUUCACACAGGGGAGAAACCUUACAAAUGCCUGGAGUGUGGAAAAGGCUUUAAAUCUAAGGGUGAGCUAACUACCCAUGUAAGAAUCCACACAAGGGAGAAACCAUACAAAUGCUUGGAGUGUGGAAAAGGCUUCACUCAGAAUGGAAACCUUUCUGACCACCGAAGAAUUCACACAGGGGAGAAACCUUAUAAAUGCCUGCAGUGUGGAAAAAGCUUCAGACGUAGUGAACAUCUUACCACCCACCGAAGAAUUCAUACAGGGGAGAAACCUUAUAAAUGCCUGCAGUGUGGAAAAAGCUUCAGACGUAGUGAACAUCUUACCACCCACCAAAGAAUUCAUACAGGGGAGAAACCAUACAAAUGCCUGGAGUGUGGAAAAUGCUUCACUCAGUAUGUAAACCUUACUGCUCACCGAAGAACUCACUCAGGGGAGAAACCUUAUAAAUGCCUGGAGUGUGGAAAAUGCUUCAGUGAAAGUGGAAAACUUACUGUCCACCAUAGAAUUCACACAGGGGAGAAACCUUAUAAAUGCAUGGAGUGUGGAAAAUGCUUCAGUUGGAGUGGAAGCCUUACUGCCCAUCAAACCAUUCACUCAGGGGAGAAGCCAUAUAAUUGUCUAGAAUGUGGCCAAGGCUUUAAAAGGAAGUAUGAUCUAAGUAGCCAUGUAAGAAUCCAUACAGGGGAGAAACCAUAUAAAUGCCUGGAGUGUGGAAAAGGCUUUAAAAGGAAGUAUGAUCUAAGUACCCAUGUAAGAAUCCAUACAGGGGAGAAACCAUAUAAAUGCCUGGAGUGUGGGAAAAGAUUCAGAUGGAGUGGACACCUUACUAGCCACCGAAGAAUUCACACAGGGGAGAAACCAUACAAAUGUCUGGAGUGUGGAAAAAGCUUCAGUCAGAAUAGUUACCUCACUGCCCACCGAAGAAUUCAUUCAGGGGAGAAAUCAUAUAAAUGCCUGGAGUGUGAGAAAAGCUUCAGUAAGAGUGAACAACUUACUACCCACCAAAGAAUUCACACAGGGGAGAAGCCAUUUAAGUGUCUAGAAUGUGGGCAAGGCUUUAAUUGGAAGGGUGAACUUAAUGUCCACCAAAGAAAUCAUACAGGGGAGAAACCUUAUAAAUGCCUGGAGUGUGGGAAAUGCUUCAGUCAGAAUGGAUACCUUACUGCCCACCAAAGAAUCCAUAUAGGAGAGAAGCCAUAUAAGUGUCUAGAAUGUGAGAAAGGAUUUAAAUGGAAGCAUGUUCUAGAUACUCAUGUAAGAAUCCACACAGGGGAGAAACCAUACAAAUGCCUGGAGUGUGAGAGAAAGUUCAGUCAAAGUUUAGCCCUUACUGCCCAUCAAAAAAUAGUUCACAGAACAGCUCUGCUUUCAUAUCCAUGA